AUGUACAACGGUCGAAUGAACCUCAUAGAGCACGUAAGCCAGUUUAACCAGAGGAUGGCCGUCUAUUCCAAAGAUGAGGCUUUGAUGUGCAAAGCAUUUUCGUCCAGCUUAAGACUAAUGGCAAUGAGAUGGUCUGAUGGCCUCAGAUCAAAUUCUAUAGAUUCCUUUAAACAGCUGACCCAGGCCUUUGGCUCUCGCUUCAUCACGAGUAACAGGGUUCCUCGGCUCUUGGAUUCCCUUUUGUCUUUGUCCAUACGAGAAGGGGAGACCCUAAAAGCCAACUCGAACAGGUUCUGGAAGAUGUACAAUAAGAUAAAGGGUAACUAUGACGAUGUCGCCAUCAGCACUUUCAAGACUGGCCUCCCAACUGAGCAUGGUUUAAGAAAAUCCCUAACAGGAAAGCCUGUCACCAGCCUACGCCAAACAAUGGACCGAAUCGACAAGUAUAAAAGGGUUGAAGAAGACCACUAG